GACAUAGUAGCAACAGCGCCGAAUACAGUUCAGCCACGGCAGGUUUGAUUUAUUUUCUUUAUAUAUAUAUCAGAGAAAUAUAAAAUAGCAGCACACACACUCGUCUUUUGCUCUCUGUUUGAUCGUAGCUUCAUACCGGAAGAGGGAAUCAUUCAUACUCCGUUAAUUCAGCUGACAGCUAGCUAAGCGCGGCCAGGGCCUCCAGCCCGGCUCUGAUCUGCCGGGGGAAUAAUUAGAAAUGACUUUUUGAGGAAGUUUGAUGACACAAUUCCUGUUUUCGUAUCAGCAUCCUUUGAUUUCAGUUCUGCUGAAAAUCUUUGGGUAAAAACUGGAAUCGUAGUGGUUCUUGCAUCUGUGGUGGUUCCUUUUCCCUUCUGGGUUUUCGUACAGUUAAACACACAACGUAACAACGUCAGGACUUCUUACAAAGUGGUUGCUAGCUUCCUAGCAUGUCUGCUUCUGGGGCUUCUCAGAUGCUGCUCUUGCUUUUAUCUUGCCCGUAAAGGGUCAUGGGCCCAGACGGUGCCCCGGGUCAGGCGGUGCCCUGGCGGAAGGUCCUGUGGGAGCGGCAGUCGUUCCCAGAUAACUACGUGGACCAGCGCUUCCUGGAGGAGCUGCGCAGGAACGAGGGCAUCCGGCACUACCGCUACUGGGCGGUGGUAAAAGAGGCGGGCUUCGUGGGACAGCAGCUGUCCUGUGUGGCCAUUUUUAUCACCUUCUGGCUCUACAUGGAGCAGGGUCUGCUGGCUCCCCAGGCGUUGCUGUGGAGCAGCCUCCUCUGCGCCCUGCUGGGUUACGGCCUGCACCGGGCCCUCACCUCCGGAGGCCAGCCGUGCGGCGAGCCCCGCACGCGCCUGGCCGAUUUACAGAGCGCCGCCAUUUUCCUCUCCUUCACCUUUGGUUUCUCGCCAGUCCUCAAGACACUGACCGAGUCCGUGAGCACGGACACGGUGUACGCCAUGUCCGCCGUGAUGCUGCUGGCCCACCUGCUGUCCUUCCCUUACUCGCAGCCCUCCCCCCCGGGCAGCCUCUCGCUGAACGCGGCGCUGUUUGCCUCGGUGUGCUUGGCCUCCAGGCUGCCCGGCGCCCUGCACACCUUCGCCAUGCUGAGCUGCGCCCUGCUGGUGUUCGCCCUGUGGCCCUGUCUGCUGCAGAGGAUGAGGGACAACGCCCCCGGCCACUUCCCGGGGGUGUGCGUGGGAGUGUGCGUGGGGGGCGUGGCGGGCCUGGGCUCCCAGACGCUGGGGGGAGCCGUGCUGCUGUCGUCGGCCCUGGUGAGCGUGACGCUGCUCUGCCCCCUGCUGCUCGUCUGGCUGCAGAGGCACAAGGACAACAUCCAGGGACCCUGGGAUGAGGCCGAGAUUCACGAGGAUCUAAGCCGUUUCCUUCACUAAUGGGCACGAGGACUGGCACCAGAACGCACAGGUCAACAGAGAAGUUUCUGACCGCUUAUUGAAUGACAGUGUAGUUUUGUGGAUGACGGACAUGUUAUAAUACAAACUUUUGCUGACUGGACAGCUAUAAGAAGCUGUUUCAGAUUCUUCUUUUUUUUCCAUCAAGUUUUUCAAGCAGAAAAUGCUUACGGAUGCUUUUAAUGUUAAUGCUGCUACUGUUUUGUACUGUAAGGACUGACUCUUGAAUUUGUAUCGUGGGUUUGAAAUAAUCUGCAGGGCCUAACCAACACUGAUGAACGCACAUAACGCUAUGCACCAGUUUGAUAUCAGUGAUGAUCUCGGGGGAUGUUCUGUUUUUUAUGGGGGAUUGGUUUUUGUAUGUAUACAGUAACUGUAAAUGUAUUAAUAUAAACAAGGGUUUUUGAUUCUAAGGGGGCAUUUACUUUUCUUUUUUUUUUCCAGAAAGGCCACUAUGACACAUAAUAUACUUUUGACUGCCUUUGGCAUUUUAAAUAUGGUACUUUUUCAUUGGUCUUUUUAAAAAUGUAUAUGAUGGAUUUAUUAUUUAUUUGAGCGAUGUAGUACUCCACAGCUAGGUUCGACUGAGGUUUGUAAUAACCAGACACGGAAGAGCACACAAACUCUAGGCAGAGACAUUAGUUUUUAGCUAAUUAAAAACUGUUAUGGUGAGUGAACCCCUUUAAAAAGAGUGCAGAUGUGUUUUUAUUAAUAUUACCUGG